GUGUGCACACAUUUCUUGCGCACUUCCCAGUCUCGCACUUCAGGUCUGGCAGGAAGCAGUGAAAAAAGUCCUCCAAAUUCACUUUAACCCAACACACAAGCUAUCAAUUUUCAUGUACCUGCAGUGAGUCGCUUUGAAAGACCGCACAUCAUCGUAGAGAAAUUUCCUCGAUUGUUGCACAUUCAAUUCCCUGUGCCAAAUUACACUUUCUGGCAACCGGAGCAUCUGUGUGGCCAAAUAGCAGGACAAUGAAGCUUCUCUGUGGAUUUAUGGCCAAAAAAGUCCAUUCUCUCUGCUGAAUUUUGUUGCUCAACAUCCCGGAAAAGAGGCGCUCUGAGGAGGAAUUGGAAAAAAUGCCCAUCCAAGUGCUCGAUUACGACCACUUUGCCAUCAGUGCAAUUGUAACAGUGGCCAUGCAAAUUAUAUUCUUCAUCAUUGCCGCAACAUUUCAACUGGACAAGCUCACAGACUUUGCCGGAGGCGUGAAUUUCAUCAUUGUGGCCCUACUCACAUUCUUCCUUGGCCAGAUUGAUAGGACAAUGAAGGCCUACGACAGCCGACAGCUCAUGGUCACCGUGUUUGUGUGCAUCUGGGGAGCGAGACUGUCCGGAUAUCUGCUCUAUCGCAUUGUCAAAAUCGGCAGAGACAAGCAGUUCGAGGACACAAAAAGAAAUGUCAUUCGAUUUGCCGUCUUCUGGACAUUUCAGGCAGUGUGGGUGUUUGUUGUGUCUCUCCCUGUGAUAAUUAUAAACUCCCCGAGGCAUUCGCAGCCCAACGCGCCGCGGACAAUGACAACACUGGACUCCGCCGGAACGGGAAUGUUCACGGUGGGUCUGCUGGCGGAGACUUAUGCCGAUCUGCAGAAGUUCAGCUUCCGCCAGGAUCCGGCGAAUCAGGGCAAGUUCUGCAAUGACGGCCUGUGGCGCUUGUCCAGACACCCCAACUACUUCGGCGAAAUCGUGAUCUGGUGGGGCGUAUUUGUCAUCUCACUGAAUGUGAUCAAUGGCUUUGAGUGGGUGGCGAUCAUGUCGCCGAUCUUCACCACCUUCAUCAUCCUCUUUCUAUCCGGAAUCCCAGUGCGAGAACGCUCAUCCGACGACAAGUACAGAGACAACAUUGAAUACCGCAAAUAUAAGGCCACCACGUCACCCCUCAUCCCCAUCCCGCCGGCCAUCUAUGCCGAGGUGCCGCGCGCCCUGAAGUUCAUCCUCUGCUGCGAGUUCCCGCUGUACGACUCCCUGGACAUGCACACGGACGAGAUGCCCUACGCCAUCUCGCUGGCACACUCGCACACAUAGCAAUCAAUGCCGGGGCCCAGCAGCCAGCACCACCGCUCUUCGGGCUCCGGCCACCAGCGCACAGCGGCCACCAGCUCCUCAGCCUCCACAGUGCACGAGGAGCCGGAGGCGAAGCAGUUCUACGUGUCCGCCACCGCGACCCACUGCAUCCCCGGAGCCACCGGCAGCUCCACCGUGACCACCAUUCUGUGAUUCCGCCAGAGACAGGCGCGGUCGACAGGGCGAAAGGACUAUAUUUUUCUAAGACCCACAAGUAGAGAGUUGGAGAAAGUGUGAUUAAUUCCCAGAAUGCUCACUGUUAGUUCGCUCAAGUUUUUGUGUUGAGAACAGCAAACAAAACACCAACAAACCAUUCUAGUCCUCCUAAGGAGUGAGACGUAUGUAUUUUGAAAGUCUAUUUUUUUACUCUCAGCUCAUCAAAGAUUUUAUUUUUAUAUGUUAGCCACCAAGAAUAUUAGCAAUUGAAUGUUACUCAACUAGCCUAGCAUUUAUUUUAGUAAUGUAAAAAAACAAAAUCAAACAGUAGAAUUGACGUGAACAAAUACCUAAUAAUACUUAAAAUGAUAUUAGAAAUAAAAGAAAAAAAACUCUUCCUGCCAUCGAAAGAUCCUCAAGAUUACUCACAGAGCUCAAACCCCAGCCAGCGAUUAGGGAGAUAUUACUAAUAACUCUUAUAAUAAUGAGCAAUCAAAUACAAUAUCAGAGAUAAAGUAAGUUGCAUGCGACUUUUUUUUUAGCGUCAUGUUAGUUUCGAAAGAGAUUUUUUUCCUGAAAAUAACUACACAACACCCAAAAAAUAAUAAACACCGUGUUUGACUAAGAUUCUGCACAGAGGAAAUGCUCAAAAAUCCCAUUUUCGAAUAGAUUUUAUCGCAAAGUCAAACCUAAAUAUAUAAAACAAAUGUCAAAGGUGUGACCAGAAAGAGCACGCAACACUUAAAAAAAACUGCAUAAAAAUGUUCAUAAUUACUAAUUUUUUCAAUUCCAAUUUUGCAGUUUUUAACGAGAAAUUCUCACUGGUACAAAUCUUCUGGCGUCACCUUUGACUACUAAAACAUGUUUAAAACUAUUGAAUGUUGUUUACAUCUCGAGGAUAAAGACUUGCAUUUGAGUUAACCUCCGUAUUGGAAAAAUGUGAGCCUAACAAUAUCAAUCAUCUUCAUGUUCGUUGAAAGGAUUUUUACCCGAAAUAAAGAAAAAAAGAAUCUCUAGCUCAAUUAUUGUUCAAGUUCACCCGAAUUAACAACAUAUCGCGCGGUGACAGAUUUUUCUGCUAUAUGGAAAAUAUUGAGAACAAUAAAAAUCUAUGGUGUCUACUAGAAAAUAGAGAGUCAACAUAUCUAAAACUUAAGAAAAAGAGUCUUGUGCCAACUUGCACGAACAACAACCUCUCUCGAGAGACACGAAGGAGAAUCUCGAAGAAACCUAUUUAUUGAGUUCGUUGUGUGAAUUGAUGAUGUGUUACUGUUGGAAGUUAGAAAA